ACAAGCUGUCAUAGAUCUGAUGAUGGGGAUCCCGGUGACAGAAGACCUGUACUCGGUCUUCACCAAGGAGAAGGAGCACGAGGCUCUGCAGAGGGACAGCCAGCGCAGCCAGCAGGAGCAGGUCAGCCUCCUGCUGCAGAACUACAUGAGGCUGCUGCUGCCAGAGGAGGAGAAGUUCCAUGGGGGUUGGGCGCUGCUUGACUGCGACCCCAGUCUGAUUGAUGCCACUCAUAAGGACGUGGAUGUUCUGCUGCUGCUGUCUAACUGUGCCUACUACGUGGCCUACUACGAUGACGAAGCUGACAAAGUCAACCAGUAUCAAAGGCUGAGUCUAGAAAACCUGGAGAAGAUAGAAAUAGGCCCUGAGCCCACGUUUUUCGGGAAGCCCAAGUUCUCGUGCAUGAGGCUGCAUUACAAACACCAGGAGACCAGCGGGUACUUCCACACGCUCCGAGCCGUGCCCCACAGCCCAGAGGAAGAUGGAAAAGGUAUGUACUUUACACUUGUUUACUUUGUAAAAGGAAACCAUGCAGCGGUUCUCUCCCACAGCAGAAGGGGCUGAAUUUAAGUAAUUUUCCGAUACCACGUUUAAUUAAGUAGCACUUAACACCCCAUCCAAGGCUUCCUUUGUCCUUGAAAAUUGGGUGCCACCGAAUAGACCAGCUUCUAUAGCUUUGUAGAACUGUAACAGCGCAUAUGUCAUUCAUAGCUCAGAAACCCCCCACUUGUAAAUAGUGUUUACUUUUGUCAGCUAUUAUGUGUUAACUUACUAUGCACUGUUACUUGUUUUCACUUCCAUAUUCUACAGUGUGAGGCCACAUAA